AUGGGCUUGAAUUCGUCCAAGACCCAUAGGAAGGUCACCAAAGUGACACCAAUGCCAUGCAAAGAAAGAGAACCAAAACAGCCUAAUAGUGUGACAGUUUAUUCCUUCCAGACCUCGCCAAGCUCAUUUGUUUCCUCAUCAGGGAGACAUCCAGUUCUGGAAAGACAACUUCCACCCUUGCGAGAGACAUGCUAUGGAAGAAAUCCCACAGUGCUCAGACCAAAUCUGUUAGACCCCAUGCAAGGAGGAGGAGGAGGAGGAGGAGAAAGAAGCAUCAUCAAGCAACAUCCACCUCGAAGGCUUCAGAAAUUGGAGCCAUUUAUUCUUGCAGACAACAUCCCUGCAGCCACAUACCCGAAUCUGCAAGGUGGAACAGUGAUGCAGAAGGAAAAGGAACUAGAGAGAGGAGAACACAUUGAUAGGCAUCCUGUUGGAAGAAGACAGUAUUUACUGCAGAUGAAGAUGCUUGAAAUAAGAAAAGAGGCAGAACUAAAAAGGCGUCUGCAACAGGAGGCUAGGCUUAAUAAGCCAAAAAUGAGAGAUCUUCAUGUGCUGGGCACUUUUGAGCAUGUGCUGGGAACUCAGAGUUCUGAUGAUGAAGAGCAACACUCUACUGAGCAUGACAAAACAUUUAAUGGAAGCCAUGGAGAUUUGUGGCACAGAGAAUUUCUUAAAGGACCUGGGUCACCUAAAUCCCAUCUGGACCAGAGAGACAAAGUGGAGACAUGGCUGUGGAAACAACAAGCAACAAUGGAGUCGUCUUCAGAUGCUUCCAGCACUGACACCAAUAACUGGAGCGAUUGCAAUGACAACUUUAGGAAAUCUUAUCGGAGGCCUGCUUUAGUGAGAACUAAGACAGAAAGGAUUACCCUUUUUGAUGAUUUCUUUGAUAAAGAACUCUAA